AGAUAGAGAAAGCAGAAACUGUCUGCAUGAAGCUUUGGAUAAGAACCAAAGAAUUCCUAAUCCUGUGUCAUUGCUUGCAUUUUCCUCUUCUGUCUAAUUUCUCUCUUCUAUGUGUUCUCUACAAGACAGUCACCAAAAGCAAUUUCUAUUCUUGUUUUUGCCACUUCACUAUUGCACCUUAAAAAUAUGAGACAAUCUCUAGAGAGAAUGUAAAGACAGGUCAGGCUUGCAUCUAUUCAUGUUCACCAUUUUAAUCUUAGUUUUUAAAUAUUUUUUUGAGUCUUCUGUUACAUAUAGAAGGGCACUCCUAUCUUCUAAGUCUCAGAAACAUAAUUAUCUCCCUACAGAUUCCAUGAAAGGGAAAAAUCCCAAGAAUCCAGAGAGCUUAAGAGAAAAAGAGACUGGUAAAAGAAAAGAUGUGAAGUCUCCUGCAACCUUAAAGGAAAAAGACUCUUCAAAACAAAAAGAACCUAAGGCUUCAACUAAUCCUAAGGAAAAAGCUGCAGUGAAAAAGGAGGGGGAGAAGAAAGCUACCUCAGAGAACCCUCAUGAACACAAGCAUGAACGUGUUAAACGUGAAAAAACUGUCUCUCAGACUAAGCCAGAGGAGAAAAUUAAACAACAAAAGACAACUCCCACUGAGAAGUCAGCCCAAGCAAAGCCAGCAAAGCAUGAAGCAGUCAGACCUGAAAAAGACGUUCCCCUUACAAAACCUGUCAAACCAAAAAACACUGCAAAGCCAACAGCUGAAAUCCCAACAUCAGCCACAAAAAAACCAAAGACAACUAAGGAAAAAGAAGAAAAACCAACUGAGAAGAAACAGCUGAAAGAUGAAAAAACUAAAGUAAAAGAAGAUCCACGACAUCAAAACUUGACAUCAGCCAUUGCAGGAAAAGACCGAGCUCAAAACCGUUUAAGGAACCUGAAGGUGCACAAGUCCAUGGGACCUGUCAAGAUACAACCAUGGAUACUGAAAGAACUGUCUGAGGAAGUGGCUAUGCCACUAUCCAACAUAUUUGAGAAGUCAUGGCAAUCUGGCGGAGUUCCCACUGACUGGGAAAGGGGAAACAUAAUACCCAUUUUUAAAAAGGGAGAUAAGGAAGAACCAGGGAAUGACAGGUCAGUCAGUCUCACCUCAGCAUCUGGCAAGAUCAUAGAGCAGCUCCUCCUGGAAACUCUGCUAAGGCAGGUGGAAAAUAAUGAGAUGAUUGGAAGCAGCCAACAUGGCAUCACUGAAGUCAGAUCGUGUCUGACAAAUUUCUUGGCCUUCUUCCAUACGGUUACCGCAGUGGUAGAAGAGGGAAGGGCAACAGGCAUCAUCUCCCUGGACUUGAACAAAGGCACUGUCCCACAUGAUAUCUAUGUCUCUAAAAUGGAGAGACGUGGAUCUGAUGAGUGGGCCACUGGGUGGAUAAAGAAUUGGCUGGAUGAUCAUGCUCAAAGUGUCGAAGUCAGUGGUGCAAUGUCCAAAUGGAGAGCAGUGCCAAGUGGUGUUCCCCAGCGCUCAGUACUGGGACUGGUGCUUUUUAACAUCUUUAUUGGUGACAUGGACAGUGGGUUUCAGUGCACUCUCAGUGAGUUCACUGAUGACACCCAGGUGUGUGAUGCAGCCAACACGCUGGAGGGAAGGAACAACACGCAGAGGGACCUUGUCAGGUUUGAGAGGUGGGCCCAGCUCAUCCUGAUGAAGUUCAGCAAUGCCAAGUGCGAGGUCCUGCACCUGGUUUGGGGCAGUCCCAAAAGCAAUUUUAGGCUGGGCAGGGAAUGGAAAGAUGCUAGCCCUGGGGAGAAGGACUUUGGGCUGGUGGUAGAUGAAAAACUCGACAUGACUCAGCAGUGUGUGCUAGAAGUGAAGAAAGAUAUCUGUAUCCUGGGCUGCAUCAAAAGCAGUGUGGCCAGCACAUCGAAGGAGGUAAUUCUCUCCCUCUACUCUGCUCUGGUGAGACCCCACCUGGACUACUGUGUUCAGGACUGGGAACCCCAGCACAAGAAAGAUGUUGACAUGCUGGAGCAAGUCCAGAAGGGAGUCAUUAAGCUGACCACAGGGCUAGAGCACAUCUCCUAUAAAGAUAGUUUGAGAGAGAUGGGGCAGUUCAGCCUGGAGAAGAGAAGGCUUCGAGGAUACUUAAUAACAGUCUUCCAGUACCUAAAGGGGGCCUGCAAGAGAGCUAAAGAAGGACUUUUCACAUCAGCAUGUAGUGACAGGACAGAGAAUGGUUUUCAGCUGAAGGAGGUUGGGUUUAGUUUAGAUAUUAGAGAGAAAAUUUUUACUGUGAGGGUGGUGAGGCUCUGGAACAGGUUGCCCAGAGAGGUUGUGGACUCUCCUUCCCUGGAGGUGUUCAAGGCCAGGUUGGACAGGGCUUUGAGAUACUUGCUCUAGUGGAAGGUAUGGAGGUUCUAACCCAUGGCAGGAGGGUUAGAACAAUAAUCAAUAGAUAAUCAUCUUUAAGGUCCUCUCCAACCUUAAACUAUUCUAUCAUUCUAUAAUUCUAAAGGAUACUCUGCCAACAGACAAACUGACUCCCAGAUUUGAUUUUACCUGAAAUGUUCUAUUAAUUUUCUUUCAGAAUACCUAAAGGCAAUAAGCAUGCCCAUGUCUUAAGCCUUUGGGGUUUGUCUGUCACCAAUAAAAUUGUAUUAGUUAGUAUGGCUGGUGGCAGAAACAGCAAACCGCUGAAUUUGGGUAGUAGCAGAAGUAAUAAGAAGUUUCUUCCUGUUUUGUGUGCUAUUUGCUUUCAUAAUUCUAAAGCUUUUUAUUUUUUUAUGCUAAAUCUUUCUCUGAAAAUAAUUUGUUCUCCCAUGAAUCUCAUGUAAAGCUCCAGCUAGAAGAAAAAAGCAAUCUUUUUUGAAACUGAAUCACCAAACUGAAAAUUUCUACUUAUGGUAAAGAGAAACAGAAAACAUUUAAUUUGCCUGCUUUUUUAAUUCUAAAGAGGGGUAUUACAAAAUGGAGGUCAUCUUGGUUUUGAACCUGUCAAAGAAAUGGGAAAAUAAAGCUGCUAACAUUAAUACUGGAGGCAUACUUUCCAGCUGAAUGACAAAGAUAUAAAUGCAUAUUUAUCGUGCAACCCAAUUCCUGUGGAGUUUCUUUUCCUUCAUAAAAGAAACAAUGCAAAGGAGAAGUCUUGAGUACCACGUUGUUAAAUUAGGGCUUAGAAGUAGCGUUUCAGUGAAGAAAAGGCAACAUGAAGACAACUCGAUGAGAACCUUCCAUGCGCCUCUCUAAAGUGCAUCUUCCUGCCAAAGUCACACAUCCAGCCUUUUCCAAAACAGCUGAGUCUCCUUGGCUUUAUUGUGAGUGUGUAUAAGACUGUCUUGAGAAAAUCUGAAUAAAUCACUGCUGCUUGAUGGAUU